GUAUUUUUUUCAAAAUGGCGUAAAUUGAUAAAACGCAAAGAAUUGAAAGAAGACGAAUAAGGUGAAUCGAUUUGCAAUCAAUCUAAGUAAAAGUAUAUUUUUAAUUUACUUAAAGUGUGUAACCGAAACAACAGUGUUAAAAUCUAAGAAUAUUAGCGAUAUUUACAAAUGAGAAAUGUGUGAAGAAUGCCAAUAAGGAGUAAAAUUUAAAACGAGUACAUAUUCCAAACAUAGUAUAUCUGCGUAUGUACUAAAUGCUAUUUAAUGAUCCGAUUAUUGGGAGAAAAGUUUGAGAUCUCUCCGUGGAUUAUGAAUCGAGCUUCCAACACAUCUGGUACGACUAAUACUACCAUCACUUUGCUUGAUACCAGUAGUGCCUCAUUUUCAAUGGGUGGUUGUAGUUCAAUUCAUAGCAAUGGGGGUAUAAGUAGCAGUGAUCAAGCCGAUCAACACAUCUCCCCUUUGCCAAUAACAAAUGCAUCUCCUCAAAUAUCAAAUAAAAUAUUCAACUACAAAGAUAACACAGAUACUGAUUUCGGAAAUUCGCUAAAAUGUGAGGAUAUAUGUGUAAGUAUGUGUCGACAAUUAAAUAUUCUACCCACGACUCGGUUGUUAUUUGGCUUACGUGUAAUGGACUCUGAAAAUGAAUGGGUUGCUCCGGGUAAGGAGUUAACACCUGGCGUACGAUACUGUUUCCGGUUACGAAUUAAAAUCCCUAAUAUGGAUACGGAGUUAAAAACGUUGGACAAACAAGCAUUUGAAUAUUUAUAUUGGCAGAUUCGUUACGAUAUAUUACAUGAAAAAAUCCCAGAAAUAAGGCACAAAGAAAAAAAGGCUAAUAUAAUGGGGUUGGCUGUUAUGGACAUGUCUAUUGAUUUACAAGCGAAAAGUACUGAAACGGAAAGGAAUGACAGAAAAUAUAAACGUGACAUAGUUGCAAAUAUAGAAAAUAAAUAUAAACAAUACCUGCCUCAAACUCUUUUAAAAGAGCACAGAUAUUUUGUAAAGCCCAAAAUUCGCCAAACAUUUAAGGAAGUGCGGGAAAAGACAAAUUUUACCACAGAAUUUAAAUUGUAUUAUAUUGAAGAGGUAUGUAAGUUGGCGCCAAAGUAUUUGAUGGAAGUGUACUGUGUGACAGUAGAUUAUAUCCCAAAUGAUGAUUUGAACACUUUGCAUCCAACUGCAAGCUGUAAUGCUAGUAAUGGAAACACAAAAAUGAGAGCAUAUGUUAAACUAGACAACCAUGAUGAUCCAGAGCCAGGUCUAAAGAUUUCGCUGAAAAAAGAAAAAUGGACGCUACUAACAAAAAUUAGGGACAUUAUUGCGAUAAGUAUCGAGGAUAAUGCUGCUGAUUUGGAGAUAACUGACGUACCACAAAGCUAUUGUAUGAGGUUUGAUUCAAAAGUUGAAUUAGAAUCUUUUAUUACAUAUAUAGGAGCGUAUUUAAGGUUGACCUCCAAAUGGUUAUAUGAUUUAUGUGACGGAUAUACGACACCAUCUUUAAAUAAUUUGAUUGAUUUAAGAUGUCAUGGGCCAAUAGGUGGUGCAUUUUCUUUUGCCAAAUUGAGGAGUAUGUCUAAAGUUGGGAAAAACUGCAUUAUAAGGCAAUGUGAGAAAGAAUAUGACGUAUUUUAUAUCGAUAUAAAUACACAAACGUUACCGUUAGGUAAGUUAGGCGAGAACAUAACAACUACAAAAAUUUCGUUGAAAAACAAAAAAUGGUUGUUACACACGAAUAAUAACUUGAGGGAAUUCAAAACUCUAAAAGAUUUGAAGAACUCAAUAUCGCCUCAAAUGUUUUGGAUUCCUCCAACAGAGAAUGAUUAUGCACCUCUCCUUUUGAUAUGUUUGCCAAAAAAGUUACUUCCAAAGAAGGCUGACAUAGAAUUAAGUGAAUCUGAACUUCAAAAAUCACGAGUUCAAGUACUUAUUUGGAAGCGUGACCUCCUAAUUUACGAAGGGAAUUGCGAGAGUAAUGAUGACAUGUGGAUAAUGAAAGGAGAAUGGAUCCAAAAAGAUUCGUGUAAAAACGUUACUGUAAAGCUAAGAGUACUUAAGGAAGGCGUUCUUGAGGAUAUCAUAGAUUUAUCGAAUGAAUGUGCCAAGUUUUCAUCGUCACAUUUUAUAAAAUUGUAUGGUUUGACAUUGAAAUACCCGUAUACUAUGGUAAUGGAGUACACAGCUUAUGGACCUUUAGAUAAGUUUCUGUGCAAACAUAAAGAUAAAAUAUCUUUCAAAAUGCGGCUAUGGAUUAUGUAUGGUUUGGUCAAAGGAAUGGCCUACCUGGUUCAAGAGGGUCUUUACCACGGCUUUAUUCGGUGUUCGAACAUGUACGUAACUAAAUUUGAUGCAAGAUCUGAUACGUUUGAGGUAAAAAUUGGCGACCCCGGCUUUCGUCGUAGCUAUUCAAACAAAGACUUGCCGUGGAUACCACAAGAAUUUUAUAACAACCCCAAAGACGUUCGUGGUAAAAAUUUCGCAGACAAAUGGGCUUUUGCAACAGCUCUGUGGGAAAUAUUUUCUGACGGAAAAUCUCCUUUGGAAGAACUUAAUUGCAAUGGAAAUGAAUCGAAGAUUGCUGAGAAACUAAAUAUGAACCGUACAAGGGGAGACGGUGGCAUAUUACCGAAGCCAAAAAAUUGUCUAGAUGAAAUAUAUCAGAUCAUGUUAGACGGUUGGCAAUCGGAGGAAAACAAACAAUUUAAUUCCACACGCAUAUUUUCAAUCAUAAAGAAAUUAAAUGGUAUUAAGGAGAAUAAAUUGUCUAAAGACUUGGACGACAUCAGUUUCGAAUGUAAUGAAGAUAACGGAAAUUCAUCAAACAAUUAUGAACAAUCACUUGUAGAAUUAUUUAGAUGUAUGGGUCAAGUAUUACCAUUUCCAGAGGGAAAAUUAAUGGUUUAUGAGCUAUUAGAUGAAGGUCAUUUUGCUUAUGUCCAUAAAGGCAUAAUAGAAUACGAUGAUCCUGAUAAACCGCAGGAAAAGGUGGCGGUUAAAAAAAUGAAAACAAAUAAAAAUGGUUCAACUUCAAAUGACUUUCAGCGCGAAGCUAAAAUUAUGCAGGCCCUCGAGCACGAGAAUAUUGUAAAAAUUAUAUUUCAAUCAACCCAAAGACCUUACUACAUUGUAAUGGAAUUAGUCUCCGGUGGUUCUUUGAAAGAUUAUCUCAGAGGUAAUCAACCGAAUUUAACCAACAAAAGGCUUUUACAUUUCGCCCACGAUAUUGCUAAGGGUAUGAAAUACUUGGCGGAAAAGAAAAUUAUCCAUAGAGAUUUGGCAGCGCGGAAUGUUUUGAUCGAAAAUGAUCGGGCAAAAGUAUCGGACUUUGGUUUGGCGCAAUACGCAGAUUCCGAAGGCUGCUAUAUUGGAAAAAGCGUAAGGGAUAUUCCUAUAAAUUGGUAUGCACCGGAAUCGAUAAGAGAUAAUACUUAUUCCUAUAAAUCUGAUGUAUGGUCUUUUGGAGUGACUAUGCAUGAGAUUAUGUCACGAGGAGGAAAUCCAUAUCUUGGUGGUCAACCGGGUCUGAAAGGAGAAGAGAUUAUGAAUCGGCUGUAUAAUGGAGAAAGACUCCCAAAACCAGAGUUAUGUCCACAAAUUAUUUAUGAAACAUUAAUACUACCGUGCUGGGAAUUGGAACCCGAAAAGAGACCAGAUUUUGGCGUAAUCCUUGAAAGUAUACAGAAUUUAAUAGAAAAAGAUGAUGAAACCAUAUGAAAUUCGAAAUUUUUGAAAAAUUUGUCUGAAUACAUAAAUUUUCACUAGAUGCUUUUCGGAGAAAUUUAA